CAGAGAAGGGUUCAACACGUUAGACAUGAGAAACUAGAGAGAACUCUUACUCAGUGCCUGCUCUCAGGGUACUGACAAUUUAGGCUGGUUGUCAAACCGGUAAGCUUGAUUCACUGCCACUUCCUGCCUGUCUGAAACUGAUCCUUCCUGUAACCCCCAACCUCCGGCUGCAGUUAAACUAGGUGUGUCUUCAACUUGCGCUUGGGCCCCAGAUUACCUUGAAGGACCUGUUUCACUGAUGCCUUGGGCCAGCCUCAGCUAAUGUCUGCAAGAGACACCAAUCUGAUUCCUUUCCAUUUCAAGGAGGAAAGUCAAGAUAUUUUUACUCAGUGGAAGAAUGAUGUAGUUUCAUCCUAACCUUCUUUUCUUAUGCUUCCAGAUGCUCAUGUGAUGAUUUAUUCUGAAGAGCUCACACUCCUCAAUUCAUGAUAAAAAAUUGCAGUCUGGUGAUGGUGUGGAAAUCUGUUUUUAGCUUGUAGGCUGGGUUUACUGUACAUGCUCAGUCAUUCUGACCUCCAGGGUUUGAGGCCCAGAAACAGAAAUGACAGUGGUCAUACUGUGUGCAGAGCUGCUGACCUGGUCUUGCCAACCCUCCUACGGGGCCACUAAGGUGAUGCGGUCACUGUGAUGCGUGAAGAGGCGACCUCGGAGUGGACCUCUUCUUUCAAAGAUCUGCCCUUUGAAAAGGAAACUUUGCUGUUCUCUGCCCUGUUUGGAGGUUGACCAAGAGGUUUAGGUCGGAGGUUCAAGGUCUUUGUGCUGCUCUGAACAUAGAAGAAAACUCCCCUGAACACUUUCCAUGUGCAGAAGUCAUCCACUCAGGUCAUACUCAUUGAACAUCAGCAAAAUCACAACAGAACUACAAAGAUGUGAACAUGCAGCAACGUCUUUAUCCUGCUGGCCACACGGCGGGCAGAGGUGUGAUCUGAUCAUAGCUGGCAUCUCUUGCUUCUGUUGAGUUUGGAAUUCUGAUGCCCAGGAAGGGACACAGAAGACAGCCAGGCCCGUAUCUAGCCCAACGCUGGAAAGAUCCCCUCUGGAAGGUUACGAUGGGAAUGAGCCUGACCACUUGGACGGUUUCCCCGACUUGUUGCCUCUGCCCGCAAGUUCGUCCUUCAGAAGUCAGGAAAGUGCUGCGCGUGGUGGUGGCCUCCCAGGAGCAAGGCGUGGCGGUGUAGACAGGAAUGGAUGAGAGCGACUCGGGGGCCCUCGGACGCGUGCCCCCGGAGGUCUAGUCUGGGGACGCCCCUUGCGGGCCGCGGCCGCAUGGCCGACUCCUGAGCCAGGAUGCUGCGCCGGGGGCUGCUCGCCUGGGCCUCCCGCGUGGUGGUCUUGCUUGUGCUCCUCUGCUGCGCGGUGUCCGUCCUGUACAUGCUGGCCUGCACUCCGCGGGGCGACGACGAGCGGCUGGGGCUGCCCCGGGCCAACGGCCCCACGGGCAGGGCCGGGUCCCAGGCGGCGGAGCUCGGCUGGGAGGAGCGCCACCGCGACCACGUCGGGAGCCUCAAGAGGCAGAUCGCGCAGCUGCAGGACGAGCUGCAGGAACGCAGCGAGCAGCUGAGGGCCGCGCAGCAGCUGGCCGGGGAGCCCGCGGGCGCUUCGGGCAGGGCCCAGGCCGACCUGCUGGCCUUCCUGCGCUCGCAGGUGGACAGGGCGGAGGUGCACGCCGGCGUCAAGCAGGCCACCGAGUACGCCGCCGUGCCCUUCGACAGCUUCACGCUGCACAAGGUGUACCAGCUGGAGACUGGCCUCACCCGCCACCCCGAGGAGAAGCCGGUGCGCAAGGACAAGCGGGACGAGCUGGUGGAGGCCAUCCAGUCGGCCGUGGAGGCCCUCAACAGCCCCGCCGAGAGCAGCCCCGACCAGCGGCCCUACACGGCCUCGGACUUCAUCGAAGGCAUCUACCGCACAGAGAGGGAUAAAGGCACUCUGUACGAGCUCACGUUCCGAGGGGACCACAAGCACGAGUUUCGGCGCCUGGUCUUGUUCCGGCCCUUCGGCCCCAUCAUGAAGGUGAAGAAGGAGCAGCUGAACAUGGCCGGCACGCUGGUGAACGUCAUCGUGCCGCUGGCCAGGAGGGUGGACAAGUUCCGGCAGUUCAUGCAGAACUUCAGGGAGAUAUGCAUUCAACAGGACGGGAGGGUUCAUCUCACUGUCGUUUACUUUGGCAAAGAAGAAAUGGAUGAGGUCAAAGGAAUACUUGAGAACACUUCCAGAGCCGCCAACUUCAGGAACUUCACCUUCAUCCAGCUGAGCGGGGAGUUCUCUCGGGGGAAGGGGCUGGACGUGGGCGCCCGCUCCUGGAAGGGCAGCAACGUGCUGCUCUUCUUCUGCGACGUGGACAUCUACUUCACCUCCGACUUCCUCAACACCUGCAGGCUGAACACGCAGCCAGGGAAGAAGGUGUUUUAUCCCGUCCUUUUCAGUCAGUACAAUCCUGGCAUAAUAUACGGCCAUCACGACGCAGUCCCUGCCUUGGAGCAGCAACUGGUCAUAAAGAAGGAGACUGGAUUCUGGAGAGAUUUCGGGUUCGGGAUGACGUGCCAGUAUCGGUCCGACUUCAUCAACAUAGGCGGCUUCGACCUGGACAUCCGAGGCUGGGGCGGCGAGGACGUGCAUCUCUACCGCAAGUAUCUGCACAGCAACCUGGUGGUGGUCCGCGCGCCCGCGCGGGGCCUCUUCCACCUGUGGCACGAGAAACGCUGCGAGGACGAGCUGGCGCCCGAGCAGUACCGGAUGUGCAUGCAGUCCAAGGCCAUGAACGAGGCGUCCCACGGGCAGCUGGGCAUGCUGGUCUUCAGGCACGAGAUCGAGGCCCACCUCCGCAGACAGAGAAACAAGACGGGCAGCAAGAAGUCAUGAACGCCCCCUGCAGGGAACCGGGGGUGCGCAGACGCUUUAUUUUCUUUUUCCUUUUGCAGUUGCCACAAGGAAAAAGAUUGCCCUCAAAGGGCAGGGAGAGCAUUCGACCGGUUAGUAAAACGGACGAGGGGGGUUUCUCUCUGCCUGUGUAGCUUAUGCAACAGGCGUCAAACGCCCCCCACUCGGCCUGCAGGAGCAGCCCAAACUCACCAAGCCGCGGCGACCGACAGAGACGGCCUCAGUGUGAGACUGAUGGCGUGGAGGUUGUGAUCGUGUUUACUGCAAAGCGAGAGCUGUUGUUCUGUGCUUAUUGAAAUAUUCAUGAAAGAGGAGCAGCUUUGUAAAAAGUUCAUUAGGAUGGAAGGCCAGCACAGGCCUCCCCGUCUGAGGGGUGAUCAGCCGGUCUCUGGGGUCUGGGAGCUGAGAUAUCAGGAUGCCGGCAAGGAGACCGUGUGAAAUUCAAAGAUACACUCAUGGUGAUCUUUGUGCAAAACCAAAUGGACUAAAAAUGAGAAAACAAACAAACUCGUAGCUGUUGUAUCAUCUCCCCCAGGAUUAACCAAAAGUAAUCUGCUCAUCUUUUUGGUUGUAGUUUUAGCCAUCUCUGUUAAUUUUAUUUAAAAAUGCACUUUUUUUUUUGGCUUAUGAGUUAUAUUCCGCUUAUUUAAUUACCCACUUGCAAGCCUUAUGAAGAGAGCACAAGUUAGCUACAUUUUGAUAUUUUCUAAGAAGAUACUUUUCGCUGCAUUGGUGCAGUUCAGAGCAUCAGAUUGUGACCCUCAUCUGAGGACGUGGCAGACGCUGACCCUGCGGGGACUGGCCGACAGACGGUCAUCAAGGGGAAGGCGUGGCCUGGGGCUCCUGGCCGAACGGGCACACGGAUACUUAUCUGAAGAGUAUUUCCAAAGUGGAGCAACUGAACACUGGAGGGAAUGGAAAAUGUACUUUUUACCUUAACAGAGAAGGAAACUCAUUCAGACUGGUGAUAAAAGUCAGAAAACACGUUUUCUCCUCAGGGGAACUGGGGACCACUUUCUUACCUGUUGAAAUAAACCAAAGCAGACUGUAUGAACCAAACGCUCUCUUUUCUAAGCAGGGUGCUCUUCCUGGCUUCUGGCUUCCACAAGAAGAAACACAAGAAAAUGUCUUUUGUGAAAGGUCACUCCGCCCGCCAGUGUCCAGUGGGAUGGACAAUUGUGAGGUGGGUUCCUCCAACCCAGCCGAGGGGCAGGGACUUCAUUGUUUUUUCAAUUACACUGUUCUACUCAGUCACCAAGAUGCUUCUGAAAAUCUCAUUUUAUUACAUUUUACAACUAUUUAAAAAAAAUAAAUGCAGUUAACAUUUA